UUUUUUCUCUGCCCACUCUACAGAAAUAGAGAAAUUCCAGUUGGAAUUGUAUGUCCAGGGAUUACGCCUCGGCCGUUGCUUGAGCCCCACUAUUCUCUCCCAUUUGUUCCGUAUAUAGCCAGCUAGCUGCCUUCCUCAUGAUUGGGCUUCUUCAAUCGAUUCUCAUUUUUAUGGGUGUGCACCCAGUCCCAGCCAACUGACAGGAAACCUACUGCGGAUCCCUCUUCACCGAUGAUCUAGCCUCUUUCAAAAAAGAACAAGUCUUGAGAUAGAGUAUUCAACUUGAAAAGGCGGAAUGGCUACAGGCCAAACAAAAGAAGCACCUUCACCGUAUAUUGAUCCUGCACACCCAAAUAUCCAACGAUGGGAGAACGGGUUGGUGCUCUACAAUGACUUCAUCACCGAGGAAGAAGAAGCUGCUAUCAUUGCAGCCAUCACGAAUGAUGAUCGAUGGACUGCCAGUGCUGGGAAACGAUCGUCCCUUCAUUUUGGUCCCCAUUUCGAUUACACAACUUUCGCAACUUCUAAAACGGCAUACACACCUCUUCCAACUUAUAUCACCGAUCUUCUUCCAAGGCUGCCUAUUCAAGACUAUCUCCCUGAUCAAGCCACGGUCCAGUAUUAUCCUCCCGGAACCGGGAUCCCACCACAUGUAGACACUCACUCAGCCUUUCGGGAAGCGCUGUAUAGUCUAUCUCUUGGAAGUACCGUUCCCAUGACGUUCAAGAGAUGUGGUAUCACGGAAGCACGUCGUAUGAGAAAUCCAAAACGAUCGUUACUUAAAAGUACCGGCACUCCCGAGACUCCUAUGGGAAAUACCUCUCCGCCCAAAGCACCUAUUGAAGAGACUAAUGUGGAAUCCUGGGAGCUGUUCAUUCCUCCACGCUCUCUUCUGCUUAUGACGGGACCGUCAAGGUAUGGCUUUACUCAUGGUAUUCGUGGGCGGAAGUUUGAUCAACAAAACGGUCAAAUAGUAGCAAGAAAAGGGAGGUAUUCGAUUACUAUGCGGACUGUUACAUGGGGAGACGAUGAAGGAUGUAACUGUGAUUAUCCAGGGGUCUGUGAUACAAGGAUAAGAGAAGAAGAGAAGCAACGAACGUUAGCAGAAGGUACAAAAUCAUGCCCUAGAUAGCAAGACGUACACAGUCACAUAGCCUAGAUGGUUUCUACUCAGCUUUCUUGCUGUAUAAAGGAGCAUUUUAGUACCCUCCUUUAAUGACUAG